AAAACUAACCCGAACGAUUUGAUGCAACUCUAAUGUUGUGCUCUACGAAUAUUAAUACAGCUACGUUUCAUUUAAAAUAGUUAAAAUACGUGAAAAAACGGCAUCAAAUUGACGCACCAAAAUGGCAUCUCGCGGCGGUCCAAUGGUCGCGGGCACCGAUGGCAAUGACUUCGAGUUCAGGCAGAAAGUGGCGAACACAUAUCAAAUUAGCUUGUUGAACAAAUCACGCCUGAAGUACUGCAUUUUCUUUCAUGCCCUGCUAUUCUUUGUCAUGCUGGCCAAGCUGACGUCGGACAUAUUGGAUCGCUUGGAUAUAUUUGUACUAGAGAUCGAAGAGUUGGAGGUACCGCCGCCUCUGUGGUGGGAAUACGUUUGGGCAGCCUCGCUGCUCACCUCGUUUCUGGGUCUGUCCGCGGCACGUGGCAACAAGGUGCGGGAUAUGCAAAAGUAUAUGAUUGCCAUAUUGACAAUGGCCAUGCUCCCGCUACUAUACUGUUUUGCCUACUACUUUUCCGACGUUUGGGAAUUUAUGACCAUGGACAAAUCCGUCGAACUAGAGGAGACAGACAUUUUUGUGUGGCAUGGAUUCCCUUAUGGCGUAUUCUGGUAUGCCUUCUGCUUUGUGGGAUUUCAGAUACACGGAUUUACACUCUAUUUUGCCUACAAUCUAGUCAAGGCCUGGAAGGCACGCACAUCCACGCGUAAAUUUCAGUAAAUUGAUCGAGUCGUGGAAAAGUACUAAAUACUCGCCAAAUUAGUAAAACGUCAGUGCAAGAAUUUGUAGGGCUAGUUGUAAAUAAUUUGAAAAGAUAUUGAAAAACUCUAAAUCGAAACUAGUGCACAGUGCAAAAGAAUUAAUAAUCAAAUGUUAGAUACACGCACAUUUUUAGUAAAGUCAGACUUAAUAUUUUCCGUGAGAAAAAAAUAAAACUAUCAACGUUAAAGUUAUUGUUAAAGUUACAACGUUUAAGCGUUACAUAUAUUAGAAACAGCAAAACCUAUAAACAUUUAUCAUAAAUAAAUACGAUACACGUGCAACCUUAUAAAGUCGAAUCGACAACAAAGCAACUGAAGCCACCAAAUUUCCCAAGCAAAUGGAAACAAAACAACAACAACAAGAUAUAAACAAUUUCUCUGUUUUUUGUGCUCUACUUACAUUUUGACGUGCCUCGUGUUUGUUAGAAACGGUUAAUAUACUUAUUAAAAUACUUGUAAAAAUAUAUGUCUAUAUUGAUACAUA